AUGAUUUUAUCACUUGCAGUUGAAUAUGAAGCUUUGAAAAAAUCAGAUGAUAAAUUACAUAAACAAAUCAAGUAUACAAAAUUCUUCUCUCUUGUAACAGGUGCUGGACUUGUUAGUAAUGUUAAUAGACAGCAACUUCAGAAUAUAUUAUCUAUAAUAGAAAUUACAACAUAA